AUAGGACUUGUUUAUGAAGUCAACGUUAGAUUCUAUUUUCAAAGUUGCAUUUGGAGUUGAUCUAGACAGUAUGUGUGGCUCAAAUGAAGAAGGGAAGAAAUUUGGCCAGGCUUUUGAUGAUGCUAGUGCUUCAACCAUGUUACGAUAUGUAGACAUCUUUUGGCCUAUCAAGAAAUUUCUCAACAUUGGCGCAGAGGCUAAACUUAAGAGAAGUGUCAAAACUGUUGAUGAUUUUGUUUACAAAUUAAUCAGUAACAAAGUGGAACUAAUGAAAAGUUCACAAAGCAAUGUCUCAGAAAUGCAGAUGAAAAAGGAUGAUAUCUUGUCAAGGUUCCUGGAGCAGAGCGACACUGAUUUGAAGUAUCUGAGAGAUAUAAUCUUGAGCUUUGUAAUUGCGGGUAAAGACACAACAGCAGUUACACUUUCAUGGUUUGUUUACAUGCUUUGUAAACACCAGAAUAUACAGGAAAAGGUUGCUGAAGAAGUAAGGAAAAUUACGAAAAUGGAAGGAGUUGGAAAAUUUUCAGAACUUGCUGCUAGUUUGACAGAAGAAUCACUUGAAAGACUGCAGUAUUUACAUGCUGCAUUGACAGAAACUCUCAGACUCUAUCCAGCAGUUCCAGUCAGAAAAUUUCAUUGCUCUCAUAAUCUCAUUGUUUGUUCUCUUCCUUUUUAUUUUUCUCUUUUGUGUUACACGUUACUUGCUGAAGUUUAUGUCAAUUUCAGAGGCACAUUCCAACUUAUCAUAUAUCAACCAAGCUAAUUUCUACCUUUCUCUCAA